AUUACUAAACAAUUUGCACAGAAAAGGUGGGGCUAAUUUAAACGCCCUACCGAAUAUACUAAUAUACCUUUACAUUAAGCUCGCGUGAGAAAACGGGGAGGAGGGCGGGUUAAAAUUCGAUCUGUAAUGACCUUGUUGAAGCGAGGAGCAGAAUGAAUUGGCAGCACAUUCUGCUCUUUAUCUAUACUGACCCUCAUCUCCGCUUUUCCACGCGUUACCUAUAUGUCAUCAGAAUUCCAGGGAAAUUACCUGCGCGUCAAACUAAAGUAUUUAAUCUACUUUAUUAUAAAGUCUCAAGUGCAGGAAGCAAUAAAUUCUUUAUGGGUAUGCCAAUAAUUCCUUUUUUGCCGUAUAUUGUAAGGAAACGUUCAAAAUAAAGUGUUGAAGAUAACAUGAUAUCUUUGUCAUAACUGUCAUAGGCUAAAAUGCAUCCAAUUGAAGCGCGUGUAAGUGGAUUACGUGGCUAAAGCAACUUAAUUGAAUUUUCAAAUUUUUACGAAACACAGGCAACAUCAUAAUCAUUUCCUAUUCGUCUUUUUUUGGUCAUAUAACUGCGAGAAAUAUCUUCCAGAAUUACCGAGUCAGACAAGAGAGGAUUUAAACAAUGUUUGUAGCGGCCAGCUUGAGCUUGCUGUUGCUUGCUAUUGGAAACAUUUCAGCAAACCAAUGUUCCCCGACGAAUUACGACACAAUCAUAAGAGGAGGUCCAUCAUUGCCUGCGGAUGAAAUAAUAUCAAGACACAAUGUUACAUCUUCAGUUGUCAUGUUAGGAUGUCACACUCACUGCAAAGACGAAGACAAAUGUGUUGGAUUCAACUACAGAACAACAAAAAAUGUUGAAAAUUGCCAACUGACAAACGUUACUAGAAAGAAAGAAGAAAGGAAAACGGGAGAUUGGAUAUUGAUGCAAGAUGUUGAAGCGGUAAAGAAUAGAGUUGAAAAAGAAAAGCUUUCCAGGAGGAAAUCAGAUGUUGACGAGUGUUCCCUGGGAACUCACAAAUGUCACUCAAACGCAACCUGCAAUAACACUAUUGGCUCCUACGAAUGUCACUGUCGCAGAGGAUUUUUAGGAAAUGGGAAAACAUGUUCAGACGUUGACGAGUGUUCCCUGGGAACUCACAAAUGUCACUCAAAUGCAACCUGCAAUAACACUAUUGGCUCCUACGAAUGUCACUGUCGCAGAGGAUUUGCUGGAAAUGGGAAAACAUGUUCAGACAUUGACGAGUGUACCUUGAAAACUUACAAAUGUCAGUCAAACGCCACCUGCAAUAACACUAUUGGCUCCUACGAAUGUCGCUGUCACGGAGGAUUUUCUGGAAAUGGGAAAACAUGUUCUGACGUUGACGAGUGUUCCCUGGGAACUCACAAAUGUCACCCUAACGCCACCUGCAAUAACACUAUUGGCUCCUACGAAUGUCACUGUCGCAGAGGAUUUUUGAGAGAUGGGAAAACAUGUUUAGACGUUGACGAGUGUUCCCUGGGAACUCACAAAUGUCACUCAAAUGCAACCUGCAAUAACACUAUUGGCUCCUACGAAUGUCACUGUCGCAGAGGAUUUGCUGGAAAUGGGAAAACAUGUUCAGACAUUGACGAGUGUACCUUGGGAACUUACAAAUGUCACUUAAAUGCAAACUGCAAUAACACUAUUGGCUCCUACGAAUGUCACUGUCCCAGAGGAUUUGCUGGAAAUGGGAAAACAUGUUCAGGCAAGAUUAUUAUAAUCGAUUUUUUAUAUGCAACUCAAAUUUAG